AUGGCCUCGACGGAUCUUCCCCAAACAGCAGACUACAUCAUCGUUGGAGGAGGCACUGCCGGACUGGUAGUCGCUGCUCGCCUCUCAGAAGAUCCAAAUGUCAAAGUACUGGUCCUUGAGAGCGGCCCCGACCGUACCGAAGACCCCAAGGUACAAGACCCUGAUGCCUGGCGAGCGUUAGGCGGAUCGGAGCUUGACUGGAAAGUGAAAAUCGCACCACAGGCCAACUUGAAUAAUCGCGAACUCGAUCACCCAGCAGGACGAGUCUUGGGCGGAUCCUCUGCCAUCAAUGGAAUGGCAUAUGUCGCCCCAUCACCCGCUGGGAUCGACGCGUGGGCCAAACUUGGUAAUCCAGACUGGACCUGGAAGUCUCUGCUGCCAUACCUCCAAAAGAGUUAUACCGUUACAGCGUCGGAGUCGCACCCUGCUCUGAAAGAAACACAACGCAGUGCUUCGACGGGUCCCGUGCAGUUGACAUUCCCUGCGCUUGCUGACGCGGGUAGCAAGCCUCUUCUGGAUGCGUGGAACAAGGCCUUCACAGCUCAAGGAUACGAAUUCAAUCCGGAUAUCCUCGCAGAAGAACAGUCUCUAGGACCUCGUGCUUAUGCCGCUACCAUCGACCCGGUGUCGGGUCAGCGCAGUGGUGCUGAUCGUGGAUAUGGAAGCAUGGCGUUGGGGCGCUCUAACGUGAACGUUGUUACAGAUGCGACCGUUCGUCGUAUUCUGUUCGACUCCCAGGGCUCUAAUAUCACUGCUACUGGUGUCGAGUACAUGCAGAAAGGGCAGAUCGUCACGGCCAAAGCAUCAAGAGAAGUCAUUCUCGCGGCUGGCGCGUUCCACACACCGAAGCUCCUCGAGCUAUCUGGCAUCGGCCAAAAAGAGCGACUGCAGAGCCUCGGAAUCCCCAUUGUCCUUGAUCUGCCUGGGGUAGGAGAGAACCUCCAGAACCAUCUCAUGGGCCCUAUUAUAGCUCCGCUGAAAGAACAUCCCGACUUGAAGGAUAUCCAGCCUGGUUUUAAGAGCUAUGCCAUGACAAGACUAGACCCCAACGAACAAAGCACGCUUCUUUCGUCACACACUACGGAAUUUGACAGUUUCACCAAUCGCGCGAUUCGCUCAAUCAUCGAAAGCCCCACUGAAGCUACAGCUUCAGUCGUCUUAGGUGUGAUGGCCCCAACUAUGGCAAUACUAGUGCCAAUAAUAAGCUUCCCACUGUCCCGCGGCAGCUGUCAUAUCUCAACCACCGACCCUGACGCACUGCCUACAGUUGACGCGGGACUGGCUAGCAAGGAGCUAGAUCUAGAGACCUUGGCCACACAUGUGCGAAACUGCUAUGAGCUGAUUAAUUCCCAGGCUUUGAGCUCUUUCUUCCAAGAAAACAGUGCAGACUUGGAUAUCGAAUCUAUCAAGAAGGAUCUGCGGGCGACAGCGUUGCCGGCGCAUCAUGCCUGUGGAACGGCUGCGAUGCUUCCCAAGAGUGAGGGAGGGGUAGUGGAUCAGAAGUUGACUCUCUACGGGACGGCGAAUCUGCGAGUUGUUGACGCUAGUGUCUUCCCGUUGAUUCCUCAUGCUAACCCUCUGGCGACGGUAUACGCAGUGGCCGAGCGUGCGGCUGAUUUGAUUCGUGGUGCUACCGUCUAG